GCCAGGGAUGUUCUGACAUGAGAUGUUUAUGAGUUUGCUGAUGAGCAUUUCCAGUGCUCUUUGCAGUUCCUGCUGUGUGAAAGACACAGAUGGGCAGAAAGGUCACACUGGUGUAAGCAGAGCCUGCUGGUUACGGAGCCUGCGAUGCCCAUUGCCUCCGGUGCGCUGCACAGUCCCAAAGCAAGGGCAGGCACUGGGGUUUCCCCCCAGCCACUGGGGUCAGACACCCUCCACUGCAGGGCUACACUAGCUUUCAAAGAAGUGGAUGACUGUGGGUCCAUGCUGGUGAGGGACAGCGGCUGGCAGCAGCUGACACUGCUGACAGGGACUUCUGUGGAUGCCUUCCACCCGACAUGUGCAGCCUUGCCUGCAGAGCACAGCCCACAUCUCCCCGGUAGAUGGGCUGCUGCUGCAGAGGAGAUCACAGUUGGGGUACUGAGGCUUCUGGAUGUUUACUUUGCCCCAGUUUUCAUUCUCCAGCAGCCUUCUUGGAUGAUGCAGGAGCUUCAUCUAGAAAGAGGCUGGGGCCAGGUGGAGCAUAAGAGGUGAGGGAGGAGGAAGCAGGUGGAAAUACUCAGUUUUGUGUGGAUGGGAAGUUAGUGUUAUUUCACAGCCUUGCUGAUCUGCUAACUUUGAUCGUGUGCUACUCCAGUGCAGCCUCAGAGCCAAGUCUUCUCUCUGCCACGUGGAUUUUUCCUGCUGUUCUCCUUGGUUUGAGCAGUGUGCAUGUCUUUGCAUGGACUUGGGCAGUGUCUUUCCCAUGCUACUAACUGAGAUACAGGAUCAGCUUCCUUACACAAGCAAUGCUGUGAUGUUCCCCUGCUUUCUGUUUCUUUAUGUUCACAUUAUGGUCAGUUCUGCCAGUACUAACAGCCUAUUCGUCUCUCAAGUUUAUUAGCAAGUACUGGGACUCUGUAAAGUGAGUGGGAAUCCCCCCGCCUAUAGAGGUACACAGAUACUAACCUCGGGGCUCUCACAUCUUGCAUGUACAUGGAGGGGGGCGCAGAAGGGGACUGCAUGUGGGUGUAUCCUCCUGGAGAACUCCAGCAAGAACUGCUGGAGAAACCUGCUUUUGAUAUUUGUGUGAUUUUUUUUUCUUUCUUGCUCUUUUUUUUUGUUGUUUUUGUUUUGUUUUGUUUUGUUUUGGUUGUCUUGUUCCUCUUUCUUGAUUUACUGCAUAUGCUCACGUGGCCUUGGAAAGGGGGGUUCUCAAACCGUUUCACUUCCAAAAGGAAAAGAAGCUGGCAAGCAUUCAUAUUUCAGUCCUCAGUUUAUGUAGGUUAAAAUCUCCCAGUGGGAAAAUGGAAGAUAUAAGAGAGCAGAGAGCCAGUGGUGAUACUUGUUAAGAGAAAACAGAAGAAAGGAGCACGUAACCCUAGAGCUACAUCCAGACGAAUUAGAGGUUUCAGAGGUGAGCAAUGUGAUAGAAAAGCGCUGCUAGCAUAUGAAUUUCCUGCAGAAGCUCCCUUUCUGCCAGCACCAACAUGCAGAGCAACUACUCUGUGGUCAUCACCACCAGAGAAACUCUCCAAGUCCUCUAUACAAUGCUGGCAAACUCAUCGGCUGCAUUGCGCUCUCUGCCUCCCUGCCCACUUGCCUCUUCAGAUUACCAGUUUUCAUUAAUUCCAGCAUUUUUCUCCGUGGUUUUUGUUCUGGGUUUGGUUGGAAACAGCAUAGUGGUUGUGGUGCUCUGUCGUCACAGUAGCCCCAAAACAGUUGCUAAUAUCUACAUUUUCAACUUGGCCGUGGCAGACUUGCUGUGCCUCGCCACGCUUCCCUUCUGGGCUACCUAUUACUCACAGAGGUACAACUGGCUCUUUGGAUCUCUCAUGUGCAAAAUCUCCAGUUCUGUCCUGUGCCUCAACAUGUUUGCAAGCACAUUUUUCGUUACAUGCAUGAGUGUGGACCGGUACCAUGCUAUUGUCCAUCCUAUUCGCUCUCAAAGAAGAACUCCACAACAGGCCUAUUUUAUAGCAAUGGUUGUGUGGGGCCUUGCCUGUUUGUCCUCCCUUCCGACUUUUUAUUUCCGUGACACACGCUACAUUAAAAGUUUGGGGGUGAAAGCUUGCAUUAUGGCAUUUCCUCAUGAGAAUUAUGCGAAAUGGUCUGUGGGAACAGCCUUCCUCAAAAAUGCACUCGGCUUCUUCAUCCCCUUGACAGUGAUCACAACAUGCUACAUCUGGAUCAGGAGGCACUUGCUAAAAGCACAGGAGUUUGGGAAAAACAAGCAGAAGAUGGACAAAGUCCUCAAGCUGGUGGCUGCUGUUGUUGUGGCCUUCUUAAUUUGCUGGCUCCCAUUCCACAUUUUAACCUUUUUGGAUGCCCUGGCUCAUAUGAACAUUAUUAACAACUGUGAUGUGACAGGGAUCAUCGACACAGCACUGCCGUUUGGCAUCUGCAUGGCAUUUGCCAACAGCUGCAUCAACCCUUUGCUGUACUGUUUUAUUGGGAACCAGUUUCAGGAGAAGCUCCAUCGCUUGUUUAAGCGACGAGUUUAUCAGUUCAACAGCCAACAAGAGAGUUCUUCUUUGAGGAAAGCGAGCUGCUUCAGAGACACUGAGACCCCUGUGGGCAGGGAGAGGGGCCCUGAGUCCUUGCUGUAGACACUGGGUUGUGACAUGGGGCUGUGUCAGUACAGCAGGCUGCCCCUUGAAGUGGGGACACUCUUUUCUCCAGUUCCUUUCAUUUUUUGUCCUUUUACUCACCAGCUAUUUGAAGGAGAAUCUGUUUUUUUUUUCUCAUACAUGAGGAUUUAUUCUUCCUUCCUUUUCACAAUGAGCACCAAAGGGAAGAUUCUGGCAAAUAACUGUAUUGAUGGCAUUUUAAAUAUCUGCUUAUAUGUGCCUGAGAUCAGGCAAGCGUUUAAUACAGAAAGAUAAAAUACACCGGAGGAGCAUUUCACCAUAGCUACAACUGUGUAGGUGCUGAGUAUUACACCCUGACUAUGCUGAUUUUCUAAAAGAGACUCUCAUUAGAGAAUGUGUAAAUAAAGCAGUGCAGAUACUUCUGUACCUAUCUGUAAGAAAAUAUUUGAUCUUUUUUAUGUACACACACACACAUAUAUAUAGUUUUGAAAAUAUAUUGCUAGAGAUAACGUAUGUUAAAUGCAUCAGAUAUACCUCCUGCUUGCUUGGGCCCAGGAUCCUGAGAACAGGUGGAGACAUGGAUUUGCAAAUUGUUGGAAGCAGAAGAGAAUUACUGGGGAAAAGUGCUACCACAUGCAUGUUUUCAUACCUUUCUCAUAGCAUGUAACAGGUUUGCAAGCCAGGUAAUCUUUUCCUUUGAUCCAGUGUGGUCAUUUUUGACAGUAAUGCCCUAGGAACACAGUCCUGGUGCACCAAGUCCUGGUGCUACACAGGUGAGAUAAGUCCCACACAUGGUCCAGCAGCCUUCAGGGAAAAGACUUGCUGAUGGUCUGGACUUUUUGCAUUUCAAAUGUCACUUACUACUGUAUUUUUUGGGUACUGUAUACAAAAAGCCUAAAUGACUCUGUCUUGACGCCCAGAAGCAAAACCAUGGUGUGAUUCCUAAGACUUAUCCACAUCUCAAUGCAUAAGCUUUCUCAUUUGUAAAUAAAAGAAAGGGGGAAAAGGUUCUGGCAAAUAAUGAUUCUAUUUUGAGGUUAUGUUUGAUUAUUUGAAAUUUGCUUUUGCUAAAGAGAUACUGAUUCUAACCACCAAUGUGGAUCGUUCAAAAAUGAUUGUGUUUGCUAGACUCAAUAUAAAAGAGGGAUUUGUUAGCACCAUGCUCAAUCUCCAGCAGGCUGUCCCCAGGCUGGAGGACACAGGGACCAAAAGAUAAUUGGCUUCAGUGAAAUCUGUCCAAAAAGUUACCCUUGAAGCUUGUCUAAGCACUUCUGGGUCCAUAGGUCAGAAAUUAUACAUGCUGCCAGGGUAACAAGGAGUCUGGUCUCCCUGAAAAUCCCAGUGCUGGCUGGUGCCUGGGAGACUUGGGAACAGGAUGCAGGAGCCAUGUAUCACUCUUAGAGCAGGGGUAUGUUGCUUUACUGGUGCCCUUGAAAAUAGGAUUUUACAAGAAAUCUGGCAGCUUCAGAGUGAUGUGGGAAGAAAAUUUUGUGCAGAACUGAGCAAAAUGGGGCCUUUACCAGGAAUAACCACUUCUCCCUGUCCUGGUUUGGUGUUCUGGUAAUUAGGGUAUGCAGCUGGAGAGAUGCUUAUCCCAGAAAAUGGAAGAGACGCCACUGUAUUUCCCUUGGAAUGUUUUUGUUGAAAAUGUUCCGACAAGCUAAUAGUGUCUGGGGCGUUGGAUAUUUCUGGAAGGACAAACUGUUAAUUGCUUAGCAAUGAACACAACAACACAGUCAUGCUACUGCAGAACAAAUAAUUAUACGAAGAAAAUUACCAGGUGUUCAAAGCGGUAGGCUCAGAGAUGUAAUAAGAGGUUGUAGAGCCUUUUUACCUUUGCUGCAAUACAGAUUAGGUAAUGAGCACAGUAAUGAGCACAACUGUGCCACUAAUUGGCAUCUUGGUAGUCUCAAGACAAAAUAUAAACUGCAUGAGCUGACCCCAGUGCUACCUAUGCUUCAGCCGUAUCUGUUCUGGGCAUAAGUACAGCUUAUAUAUUUUCAACAUGUCAGUUUGGACCUGCUCAAAAAGAACAGUUUUCAUCAAGCCCCAUGCCUGUGCAAACCUCUGCAGGUA